AGUCCGAUCGAUUUGCAGAGUUUGGUAUCGAUAGUCUGAUAUGAGUUUUAUUUAUAUUUUUACGUGAACGGUGAGUCGCGAUAAGUCAUGUGGUGAUUGAUAUUGAGAUUUCUAGUAUAUAUUUUACUAAUAAAAACUAGACAUAAAAGAAGUCAAUGAGGCAAUGAUUGAAACAACGAGAGGGUGCUAAUUCUCCAAUUUUCUAAUUUGCCGAGAAAGAUUGCGAAAAAAAAAAAAAUUAAAACGAAGGAGUGGAACUUUGCCAAAUCCGUAGCCAUCGAUGACGACAGUACCGGCAAUAAUUUCGAAGCCACUGCCGGCUGAAGUACUGUGGGUAUUUUGCUUCAUCAUCAGUGAUAACUGAGCUGAAAUGGUCGCUCACAGCUGGUAAUACAUUGCGCCCAGAGAUUCAGCGAGGGAAAAAUAAUAAUUAAUAAGUAAACAGGGAUCAUCCGACUCUCAAUAGGGCCGCUUACGACAUUUGCUCCAGGUAUCAUAACCUAUUCGCCGCUUCCGUGCACUUCCGUAACCCGUGUAUUCGUCACAUAAUACCACAUAACACGUCGCACCAGGACGACCGCUGACGACGUUAAUAAAUUUUCGUGCAAGAAAUGACACGACGAGCGUUAUCGUGACGUUAAUAAUAAUCGCCCGCAGUUAUUGCGCGAGCGUUAUCUGCGUGUCGCGUACUUCAGACGUUCGAUUGUACAACCUUCUGCAAUCGAUGCAUUUGCUUAUUCCGUCGCAGUUAUGAUUCGUUUUCUAAGUCUGAGACGUCACUUAUCACAACUUAAAAAUAGUACGACACUAUCUGCCAUCGAGCAGGUACAGCAAAAGUGGAGAUUAUUUUGUAAAGAGCCACCGAAAGGAUUUGAAAAAUUUUUCAAACCAGGUGAAGGUAAAAAUGGUAAAAAUGCUUCCAAAAAAGCAGAAGAAACAAGUAAAAAAGCUGAAACGACUAAAAAACCUCCUUCAUCUUCUUCUACCACUACAUCGUCGUCUGGUUCCAAAGAGCCUAGUUUCCAAUGGAUAUCUAAGAUCUUUGGAAACAGCUCUCAAGGAGGUAAAUCGUUCGAAGGUGGUGAUAAGGAAAAAACAUUAAUGAUUUUGGUUGCACUUGGAGUAAGUGGUGUAAUUGCAUUACUGCUUACUCAGGACUUUAAUCUGAAAGAGAUUACAUGGAGAGAAUUUAUAUAUAAUUAUCUAAAUAAAGGUCUUGUCGAAAAGUUAGAAGUAAUAAAUAAAAAAUGGGUGCGUGUGAAGCUUUUACCUGGGUAUACCGUCGAUGGUUCUGAUACACUAUGGUUUAAUAUUGGAAGUACAGAUACUUUUGAAAGAAAUUUAGAAAAUGCACAAAUAGAAUUAAACAUGGGACCUGAGAAUUAUAUUCCUGUGGUCUACAAAAAUGAAGUAGAAAGUUCAAACCUUCUAUCAUAUGUUCCACAGAUUAUUAUGUGGGGGUUCCUCAUUUUCUUAAUACGAAGAUCAGCGGAAGUAAUGUCAGGUAAAGGAGGUAAAAGGGGUGGACUUUUUGGUCAAGUAAUGGAAUCGACUGCGAAAUUAAUAAAUUCGAAAGAUAUUGGGGUACGAUUUAAAGAUGUAGCUGGAUGUGAAGAAGCUAAAAUCGAAAUCAUGGAAUUUGUAAAUUUCCUAAAGAAUCCGCAACAAUAUAUAGAUCUUGGAGCUAAGAUACCAAAGGGUGCUAUGCUAACAGGGCCGCCUGGUACUGGUAAAACUUUGUUAGCUAAAGCUACAGCUGGUGAAGCGAACGUACCCUUUAUUACAGUAUCAGGUUCGGAAUUCUUGGAGAUGUUUGUGGGUGUCGGUCCUUCCAGAGUUCGCGAUAUGUUUUCUAUGGCACGAAAACAUGCACCAUGUAUAUUAUUUAUUGAUGAAAUCGAUGCAGUUGGACGAAAAAGAGGAGGUCGGAAUUUUGGCGGACAUUCUGAGCAAGAAAAUACAUUGAAUCAGCUCUUGGUAGAAAUGGAUGGAUUUAACACGACGACCAAUGUGGUUGUAUUAGCGGCGACUAAUAGGAUAGACAUUCUAGACAAAGCAUUAUUAAGACCUGGUAGAUUUGAUAGACAAAUAUUUGUUCCUGCUCCAGAUAUCAAAGGACGAGCAUCUAUUUUCAAAGUGCAUUUAGCUCCUUUGAAAACGAAAUUAGAUAAAGAUGAAUUAGCACGAAAAAUGGCAUCUUUGACUCCUGGAUUUACAGGAGCAGAUAUUGCAAAUGUUUGCAAUGAAGCAGCUCUAAUUGCGGCAAGAGACUUGAAUGAUAACAUUCAACUUAAAAACUUCGAGCAAGCUAUUGAGAGAGUAAUUGCUGGCCUGGAAAAGAAGACUAAAGUGUUACAACCAGAGGAGAAGAAGACAGUUGCAUACCAUGAGGCUGGUCAUGCGAUAACCGGCUGGUUUUUAGAACAUGCAGAUCCACUUUUAAAAGUAUCCAUUAUUCCACGUGGUAAAGGAUUAGGAUAUGCUCAGUACUUGCCACGUGAGCUAUAUCUUUACACAAAGGAACAGUUAUUCGAUAGGAUGUGCAUGAUGCUCGGUGGACGAGCAUCGGAAGAAAUCUUUUUCGGCCGCAUUACUACAGGCGCUCAAGAUGACUUACAGAAGAUUACAAAAGUUGCGUAUGCACAAAUUACGCAAUACGGUAUGAACGAGAAGAUUGGAAAUGUUAGUUUUGAAAUGCCGAAUACAGGAGAGUUGGUCUUUGAUAAACCGUAUUCGGAAUAUACUGCGCAACUUAUUGAUAACGAGGUUCGAGAUUUGAUUGAAAAGGCACAUAAGCGGACGCUAGCUCUCUUGAACGAGCAUAAAGAAGAUGUAAUCAAGGUCGCUGAACGAUUGUUAAAACAGGAGAUUUUAAGUAGGGAUGACAUGAUCGAAUUACUUGGACCUCGGCCUUUCCGUGAAAAAUCCACUUAUGAAGAAUUUGUCGAAGGCACAGGUUCUUUUGAAGAGGAUACUUCGUUACCGGAAGGUUUGAAGGAAUGGAAUGUGCAAAAGGGAGAAUCUUCCGAGGACAGUAGUAAAAAGAACAAAGCAUCAGAAGCGCAAACUUCUAAAGCGGCCUCCACCGACAAACAACCGCAGCAACGACUGUAAUUGUAAUAUUUUAGUCUCACAAAUGCUUUGUAUUAUAGUUUGAAAUACAUAUAUUAUAAUAAGUUUACGAUUGUUCAACAGUAUAUUUUCAGCUGUAUCAGCUGUUGUAAUCACUGUACGCGUUAAAGUUGUCAGAUUUAGCGUGUAUCACUUGUAAUGUUUUCAUGUAAUUAAAUUUAAAUUGUACUCUAA